CUUUUAUUUUCCAUGCAUUUUUACUUCCUUUUUAUGUGAAUUAUGAUUUUCUAAUAAUUCAUUCGUGUUUUGGAAGUAAUAGCGAGUGAUAGUCACCAAACUGUUUGUGAAGAAGUGAUAUUAAUCUACCUACAUUUUACUUGUUGAGCUGUUAACUUAAACAUCGCCAUGACUUUAGGCACUUACAAUAGACAUCAGGCCAAUAAAAAAAAGCAAGCUGCCUUGGCAGCGGCGUUUCCUCAAGGGAUACGUUGUCAGAAAUGUCUGGAAUAUGGCCAUUGGAGCUAUGAAUGCACAGGCAAACGCAAGAUCUUGGUGCGUCCUUCGCGCACGCAGGUCUUCAAGAAGAAUCUGAAAUCACAAGAACAAGGCUCCUGCAGCAAUGGCAGUUGCAAGAUACCCAACAAAAAGAAACGUACAAAUGACUGCGCUGACUGCUCAGACAACAGUUCAUCUGGAAGCUCCUCUGGUUCAGAGUCUGAUAGCUCGGAUGAUUCUGAGAGUGGCAGCAGCAGCGACUCCGAGAGUGACAGUGAGAGCAGCAGCGGCUCCGAGUCUGGUUCUGAUGGUUAAACGGGUACUCAAAAGUCUGUAACAGUGCUGGUAUUAGCAAUUUAUUGUCCCUAUAAAAAUUGCACAGCGAC